CACUCAUCAUGCCAUCCUUCAACCAGAGCAUUUUCCACCCUGCUGUCUUCUUUCUAACUGGCAUCCCUGGUUUUGAAACUUACCAUGCCUGGAUCUCCAUCCCAUUCUGUUGUCUCUAUGCCAUCGCCAUCUCAGGGAAUAGCAUGAUCUGGUUUGUCAUCAUCACUGAGCCAAGCCUUCAUGAACCCAUGUACUAUUUCCUCUCUAUGCUAUCUUUCACGGACCUAGGGCUGUGCCUUUCCACACUGGUCACAAUGGUAGGUAUUUUCUGGUUUAAUGCUCGAGAAAUCAGCUUGGAUGCCUGCAUCGGCCAAAUGUUCUUUAUUCAUGGUUUCACGUUCAUGGAGUCAUCAGUACUCCUGGCAAUGGCUUUUGACCGCUUCAUUGCCAUCUGUAACCCACUGAGAUACGCCACAAUCUUAACCAAUUCAAGGAUCAUCAAAGCAGGCGUUGCAAUCCUUAUUAGGGGGACAACAGCUCUAGUGCCUUUGCUCCUGCUCCUUAAGCGUCUGUCCUUCUGCCGAAGUCGUGUUCUGCACCACUCGUAUUGUUUCCACCCUGAUGUGAUGAAGCUCUCAUGCGCAGACACCAAGAUCAACAGUGCAUUUGGUCUUGCCAUUGUCAUCGCUACUGCUGCCCUGGACUUGGUCUUGAUCCUCCUCUCCUAUGUCCUCAUCAUCCACGCUGUGCUCAGCAUUGCCUCCCCAGAGGAGCGGAAAAAGGCCUUUGGUACCUGCGUAUCACACCUAAGUGCCGUUGCCACCUUCUACAUCCCCAUGAUCAGCCUGUCACUAGUGCACAGGUUUGGGAAGCAUGCCCCUCCCCUUGCGCAUACUCUCAUUGCCAAUAUUUAUCUGCUUAUCCCUCCCGUCAUGAACCCCAUAAUCUACAGCGUGAAGACAAAGCAAAUUCGCAAGGCUAUGCUCAGAAUAUUCCUUCCUAAGCUAAUUUAG